AUGCUGGAGCAGCUCGGCGUGGGCGGAGGGGACCCGUCGCCUCGACAGCAGCAGCAGCAGCAGCAGCAGCAGUAUGAGAGCUCGUCGCCCCAAGCGCUGCCGUCGUUUCUCUUGCAAAAGCACGCCGACGUGCAAGCACAGCCGCAGAACUGGCACAGCUGUGGACACCACGCCCUUGCGUGCCAGUAUCACCAGCCCGUCUGCAGUCACUGCCACCAGCAGCAGCAGCAGGCGCAGCAGCACGUGUACUAUCCGCAGCAGCAGCAGCAGCAACAACAAACAUAUCCCUGUCAAUACGACUACCAGAUGGCGCAAUGGCCCGCCGGCCAGCAGUUUUCGUACCCGCCCUACCCGCAUCAGCUCGCGGCAGGCUACAUGUAUCCGCAGCCGCCGCCGACGUACGCCUACGUCCCGACGGCCGAUGCCAUGAACUACCGGUCUUGUUCGUGA